CAUCUGGGCGGAGGCGCAUGCGCACUAAAACUAGGUGAACUGCUGGAACUCGCGAGCAACUUUUCAACGAGUUGCUCUGACUUUUUCUAGUUAUGACCACUCGCAAAAUUUGACACCAGGCAGUUUAUCGAAGGGGUGGCGUAAACGGAUACGUGAAGAAAUCAGACUCAGUGACGUUGCACAUCCUAUGUUUCACAUGAGGAACUUUUCUGCAACGUUAUAAAUUGGACAAUGUUGCGACAGCCCGGGAGAGAAGGCGCCGUUGUUUUGAACUUGACAUUGUUUUUAUAUCACUUUAUGUAAGAGAUUGUCGCUUUUAGGCCCUCUCUUAUUAUUUUUGAUCCGCGGAUGCAUAACUCAUUAUCGUCAUGACAAAGGAAAAUCUCUGGAGCGUGGCAACCACGGCGACUCUUUUCUUCUGUUUAUGCUUUUCAUCUUUUAAAGCGGAAACCCCAUCUUGUCAUGGUGCCUACGACCUGUACUUUGUUUUGGACCGAUCUGGAAGUGUUUCGACUGACUGGAGUGAAAUCUAUGACUUUGUCAAAAAUCUUACAGAGAGAUUUGUGAGUCCAAAUCUGCGAGUGUCCUUCAUUGUUUUUUCAUCAAGAGCAGAGAUUGUGUUACCGCUCACUGGAGACAGGUCAGAAAUUAAUAAAGGCCUGAAGACCUUAAGUGAGGUCAAUCCAGCUGGAGAAACAUACAUGCAUGAAGGAAUUAAAUUGGCAACUGAACAAAUGAAAAAAGAGCCUAAAAAGUCCUCUAGUAUUAUUGUGGCCUUGACUGAUGGAAAGCUUGAAACGUAUAUCCAUCAACUCACUAUUGACGAGGCUGAUUCAGCAAGGAAGUAUGGGGCUCGUGUGUACUGUGUUGGUGUAAAAGACUUUGAUGAAGAACAGCUAGCCGAUGUGGCUGAUUCCAAGGAGCAAGUGUUCCCAGUCAAAGGAGGCUUUCAGGCUCUCAAAGGCAUCGUUAACUCGCUAUCCAGUAUGUUGCUUGCACCCAGCCCUGUCAUUCCCUGGGACCCACUGGAGGCCUGGUUAAAAACCUUAACCCAUACCAUCCUGCCCAAAUCCACCACAGACCUGCAGCUGCUGAGCAAAGAAGAGCUGGACGCCCGCAUUUAUCAACUGAUGGUGAACAACAACCCGGCCGAGUGUCGAGACGGCAAGGAGCUGGCUAAACUCACUGGAAACCUCGCAUACAUCCUUCUCGCCCAGGCAAGGUUGAUCAAAAAAGAUUUUAUCCAACUGGAGCAUCAGGCCAAGGAGGCUCAGGACGCAUGUGAGGCGAUGAGGGAAAAGAACGCAAAACUUCAGGAGCAAGUGGACAAAUUACAGAGCCCCCAGAUGAAGCAAAGCAUGGAAAAUGGAGAGAGGGAGCAAAGAGAGAAGGAAGCCAAAGAUGAUCCGAGAGUAAGGCUGCAAGAGUCUGAAACACCACUGCAGACAGCAGAGCCUAAACUAAGUGACAAGAAGCUUGGGCUAAAGUAUCUGAAUAGGUCUGCAUGAUUAAUCGUUUUUUGAACAAAAUCGCAGAUUGAAAGGGUGCGAUUUUCAAAUCGCAAAAGCUGCGAUUAUUUAAAUUUGCUAGCAAGCAUAUAGUUUUUGAAAGCUUUGGCAGUUCAUAGGCAUAUCAUCCUGAACAAUUAAAAAAUUUUAACAAUCUAAAUGUAAGCGUUUUUAUAUAUCUUUAUAUUAGGCAUGCUUUUUCAGAUUAAUUUUCCCAGCCGGCAACCGUCACUCGUUAACCAAAUAUUAACCAUUAACCAAUCAGAGGUCCGUUUCCCAAACAACAACAUAACUCGCACUGAACCAUCAUAGUACUAUGCAUCGUUUGGGAAAAGAACAAAGUAGUGACGAGUGUUUCCCAAAACUGUAGUUUCUCUGUCGCAGAUCCAUCAUUUGAACCACGUUAGUUAUAACGUAAAAUGUCCAUAAUGACGCUCUAAAUGGGGCGGAGUUACAAUUUCUAUUGAGAAAAACCCAUCCUUUUUUUAAUGUAAACACACGUUUCCUUUGCAAAUAUUGAAAACAUUCCACGUUCUAUUUUAAAACAUUAAAGCUAACACGAUCAUAUAAAUAAUCAAUAGUUGUAAUUUACAGUUGGCUAUUUAUUAAGAAAUCAAGAAAAACUACAUAAUAAUAAUUUUUAUUAUUAUUGAUAUUAUUAACUAGGAUCUUGUUACUUAUUACUUUAUUUCAUUUUAAUUGUUUUAAAAGUCAACGUUUACAAUUUAACACAUUCAAGUCACUAAAGAAAAGUUCUAACCAACAGACAUGUCUUAAUCAGUACAGAUACAUUUUUUUAUAAAUAACCUACUAUAAAUUAAAACCAUUAACGUAUGCUAUAUAUUCAUGUUUUCACAAGCUUUGGAGACAUAUUGUAAAUUCCGCUUUUAAAUAAUAGGUUACCUAUAGCUUUCGUCAUAAGCCAUAGCUGCAUUAAAAUGACAUAAAGGCUUUCAAAGUGCACUGUGAAGGGAACACAAUUGUCAAUAUGAAGAUUACUAAAACUGAACUGUAAAAAAAACUUUGAAAGCAAAUUAUACCUAAGAGAGAUGACUAAUUAAAAUUUUAGAAUGUUCUAAAAGAAUAGGGUAUGGGGGGAUAACUGUGAAUAAAACAACCAGGAACUUCUAACUACAGCUCUGGAUGUGUAGAUGCAAUCGUACAAGCAUCAGAUUCAGGAAACGCCAAAUCAACAAACUAUGUUUGUAACGACACAACUUGUGAUCUUAUUUGGUUAAUGAUGGUUUUCGGAAACACACCCCAGAUUAAUAUAAAAUUAUCAUUUGAUUUUAAAAGUAAAAAAAAUGCCGUGUCAAUUUUGUGUCUGACACAUUUUCUGUCUGAACAACAGCAGAACUUAUUAACAAAAGAACCUGGCUUUAUCGUCAAAUGUUCACACACCUGCAGUGUUUCCAACAACAUAGAAAAACAAUAAUCUAAAAAAAAAAAGAAUAAAUGGUUUGCACUAAAGAUUUUUCACUUAAAUUACAAAUUUAGGUUACAAAACGAAAACAUUGACUGAAUCCUUUUUAAUAACCGGCAUCGGCUUUUUUCUUCUGUCAAAUAAAACUCAAAUAAAUUGCUCCACGGAAAAUAAGCAUUUUUAAUGUUCCGCUCUACGAUAGUAGUUCCUAUAUCGCAAACUUCUAUCAACAUUUUAAUACAUUAUUAUGUCUUAAGAAUCUGACCAAUAGCGUAAAUUCAUACCACAGCCCAAUAUCUAGGCUGAACUGCAGAAGGUCAUUCCCAGAGAAUCAUGUAGCCUAAUUUUGCACCGGACUCUCCUCUGAGACUGUUCUCUUUCUGGCAAUUUAAACAGUAGAGUUUCAUGCCUUCUGGAUCCUCCAAUCUGCAAUGCAAACUUCACGCACACAACAUGAGGACUUCCUUGGGAUAUCAGUUUCUCCACACAUAUUAGGACUCUUGCAUGAAGUAGAGAGACCAAAAUUGCAAGUAUUAGUUAUGCGUUUCUAAACCCUUUUCAUCAAAAAGGUGUUUUAUUGAUUCUUGGUGGUUCUGGGAGUUAUAUGUAUUUUACACUUUUCUUGUUAUUCGUAUAUUGUUGUACUAUUUUAACCAUUAAAUCAUUUAAUACU